AUGGCCUCUCUGAUAAUCCUAUCUGUGUCCUGGAUGUAUCAGCAUCAGGACAGGUACGGGUCACAAAGCUGGGAUGGGUCCUGUACUGUUAUAGAUCUGUGUUCUGGAUGUAUUAGUAUUAUACAGGUACAGGUCUCGAAGCUGGGAUGGGUCCUGUACUGUGACAGAUCUGUGUUCUGGAUGUAUCAGUAUAAGGACAGGUACGGGACACAAAGCUGGGAUGGGUCCUGUACUGUGACAGAUCUGUGUUCUGGAUGCAUUUUAAGGUCUGAUUUGAAUUCUAAGAUAUUUGAUGAUUUGAUGAAGUUUGCCAAAUCUUCACAUGAAUCUUUUAUAUUGGGAGGAGUGAAAGUGGACAGCACAUCAAGGGAGAUACCAACUGCAGCCUUUGUAACCGGGGUAAACACACCAGACCAUGGGGUGAUGUUUUCAAACUUAGUAGCCUCAUUGCAAGAAAAUGUCAGCCCUCUGGUGGCCAUUCUCAAAUCUAAGGACUGUAACUCUGUUAAAAACGCACUGAGUAAAACCUUAACUCAACUGUUCCAAAAUCCACUGUUGUUUUCAGAUGAAGAGGAUGAUGUCUCCCAUAACAAAAAGAACAUGGCAUGUUCCAUGGCGACCCUUGUAUCUUGGUAUCAAGACAAAUACUCAUGUAAUAACUCUAGUCCAAAAAAGAGGAAGUCUGCCAGUGGUGGAUCCAGAGAUUUGGGGCAGUUUCCACCUAUUGUUAUUCUGUUUGAGGACCUGGAGUGUUUUCUACCUCACGUUCUACAGGACUUUAUUUCUAUAUGUAGGAACUACAUAUGUGAGCUCCCUCUUGUAUUUGUGUUUGGUAUUGCCACAUCAGUAUCAGCUGUACAUCGACUCUUACCAAAUGCUGUGUCAUCAAUGUUGUGUAUGGAAAAGUUCCAGGCACCCCCCUCCACAGAAUACCUUAAUAUGGUCAUUAACCAGAUCCUGAUGACCUCUGUGUACCCAUUCAAGCUUGGAUCUAAAGUCUUCCAGCUGUUGUUGGACAUCUUUUUGUACCACGACUUCUCUGUACUCAACUUCAUCAAGGGACUACAGUUUGCAAUGCAGGAUCACUUCUUCACGGUCCCUGUCAGCCAUCUUUGUUGUCCUCUGGAUGAGCUAGAGGAACGAGUGAUGAGUCUGAAGCCAAAACAAGUCGAGCAAGUCAGACGACUCAUGUCGUUCAGGGGAUUUGUUGAGGGAUGUCCACCGUCUAAACAAGAAGACAUGCUGUUAGAUGACAAAGUCACUAAGUCAGAAUUUGUGAUUUUGCUGAAGAGGAUCCAUACCUACCACUCCCUGCUGUAUCCUGUCCUGAAAUGUCUCCACAUCAUGGUCUCCAAAAUCCCCAAACACCCACUGGGGAAACAGAUUCGUGAGGUGUACUCCAGGGUGCUGAAAUCUUUUAUCUGUGAUUCCGAGGAUUACAAAGAGUGCCUAGAACUACUCAGGAUGACAUCUAAGGAUGAGCUGGUGGACCUGAUACAGCUGUGUCGAUCCUCCCUGGAGGGGACCCUGCCCCCUGACCUCGCUCAGCUCCCCACAGAUCUGGACGUCCUACUGGACAAGUUUGUCAAGAUUGAUGAGGUUGCAGAGGAGGAGACACCAGAGGGCAGCAGUGAGGAAGCUCUUCAUCUGGAGAAAACCGACCUUCACACUCUACGAAAGAGAUUACAAGAGGAAGGAAAAAAGAAAAAGAAAUUAUCUCCAUAUGAAAAAUUGAGAUCUGAAGCUAUAGAUUUCUUUGAUGAUUUAUUCAGGAGGUACUUGUUAUGUCCCUCCUCCCUGCCUCUCUACGAGAUAUUUUACUACGAUGCCUGGGCGGAGAUUAAGCGACACUGUAAUGCCUCACCCAGAUCUGUCGUCCAGAUGGCGCUCAGUUCUCCCCACCACUAUCUACAGUGUAAAUGCUGCAGUUCUGAGUCAGGUUCCAUAACUCCGUCCAUGCCUGAUAUCUGUAUUGCCUACAAACUUCACCUAGAGUGUGCCCAGCUAAUAAACUUAUAUGACUGGCUACAGGCUUUUGCUACUGUGGUGACGUCGGAUGAAGAAUUAAAUGAAGAAAAGAUCAAGAACCCAGACAAGGAACUACAAGCCCGAUUUAUCAGAGCUGUGUCUGAACUUCAGUUUCUAGGAUUUGUGAAACCCACCAAGAGGAAAACGGAUCAUGUGGCUCGCCUCACAUGGGGUGGUUGCUGAGUAAAGAGAGGGGUGGAUCCAAGGGUAAUAAAUCACUAAAUCAAGGAGUGGAUCCAAGAAUACAUUUACCAAAACAAGGAGUGGAUCCAAGAGUACAUUUACCAAAACAAGGAGUUGAUACAGAUAAUUUAGUGCUGAACAAUUACUUAAUCAAGGUGGUGGAUCCAAUGAUGAUAAAUCAAUGUUGAACAUUCACCUACACAAUUAUCAAAGGAUGGAUGUAGUAACUGAUAAUUUGGUGUUGACCAAAUAGAUGAGCUUGUUACAUAUUUCUGAUUAAAGAGAUGAAUGUACUAAUCUCAAAAAGAGAAUUAUUUAUAGUUGUUCAUCAAACAAUAAAAUGUCACAACUUUUGUAUGAAA